UUGAAAAUCUGCCCGCCGCCCAUUUACUCUUGCAUCCUAAGACUCAUACUUACGUUUCCCUCAUCAUUUAUUAAUCUCUCAUUCUUUCUCCUUGCUCGAAGGCAUCCUCGCAUCGCUUUCUCUUUUCUCAUGGAGUACUGAUUGCAUUUCCCUCUACGUGCUCUCCACACUCAUCCUCCGCGACUCACUUCUCGCUCAACGCGCGACAACAAAUAUCCUAGCGCGCAACGUACAAGCAUAUAAAAUUGCCUAGGACUGAGACAAUACUGUUUAUGGUCGAAACUUGGUCUCAUAUAUACAGAUACCACAAAUCACCGCAACGAGAAACUCCUGUCGGCAACAGAGCUAAUUGAUAUCGAGUUACGUUCCACUGCGGCUUUUGUGAAUCCAUUCGACGACAUUUGAGAUACCCCUGCCGAACCCGAUUUUCUCCCGGCCACUUGGUCCUAGCCCCCCACCAUCAUGCAGAUGGACCCCGCAAGUCGAGAACAACCCCGGCGCAUCCUCUUCGUCGACGCCUACGACUCUUUUACAAACAACAUUGUCUCUUUGCUCGAGACAAAGCUUCCUGCCAAGGUCACCGUUGUCCAUCUCGAUGCGCAUAUACCUGACCUUGGCAAUUUCCUCGAGCCGUUCGAUGCAGUUGUCGUAGGACCAGGUCCCGGAAAUCCCACACUCCCAGAAGAUAUUGGCUUCAUCAGCCAGAUAUGGUCCCUACCGGAGGCCCAAGUACGGCCAACUUUUGGAAUAUGCCUUGGUUUCCAGAGUCUGUCAUUGGCUUCUGGCGCGACUGUGGGCCGCUUGACCCAGCCUCGGCAUGGCAUCGUCACAGAAAUUCUACACAAGGGGCAGUCGAUCUUCAAUGGAGUUGGCGGGAUUGAGGCGACGCAGUAUCACUCGCUGCACGUCGAUAUUGGCCAUCCCAUUCAAACACGCCGGGCCGUUUCCUGGCCGAGUGAAUUGUGGCUGCCUACGAAAGAAUGUCCUUUGUUGAAACCGUUGGCAUGGGAUUGCGGUGAUCUCGUCAACGGCGCUGUACUGAUGGGCGUACAGCAUCUUGAGAGGCCGUUUUGGGGAGUGCAGUUUCAUCCAGAAUCCGCAUGUACAAAUGCGGAAUGCAUCAAGGUCAUUGAGAACUGGUGGGCCGAAGCAUGUCGGUGGAAUGAUGAGCGCAGAGGCCUGCUAGAGCGGUGCCAAAAGUCAAGCUUGUUUCCAUUGCUGGAAGAUUGGUCGUGGGAUAACCUACAUGGAAAGCACGACUUGCAGUGGAGCAGAAUUCGCGCAGGCUCAUUGACGGUGCCGGAUAUCUGUGAAGCGAUGAAGGUUCAAGAAGGAGAUGCGAUUAUCCUAGACUCGGCCGUGACUCGGGAAGGCGUGGGUCGAUAUAGCAUCAUCGGGUUCAUCAUGCCAAACCGCACAAUCCGAGUGACUUACAACGUUGAAUCGCAUAAGGUCUUCAUCGGCAAUGAAUGGCUAGAGGUCCUGAACGAGGAUCUGAGAAAAUAUGGUAGUGACAUUUGGCAGUACCUCGCACACUUUAUGGAAAAGCACAAAGUUGAAGGAGGCGAUCCCGAGUCGCCUUUCUGGGGAGGCUUGAUGGGCUUCAUCUCCUACGAAGCCGGGCUCGAAACGAUUGGCGUCAGCCAACCGCAUGGAGCAGCACGAGCACGGGCUCCUCGGCCGGAUCUGAGCUUUGCUUUUGUCGAGAGGAGCAUUGUUAUUGAUCACCAAGCAGGGCAGGUCUAUGUGCAAUCGCUUAUUCCACACGACACCACAUGGAUCGAGAUGACGCAAAAGGAGGUGCAGACUUCUGCCAUUGGAUCCAAUAUUCGGAAAAUCAAGAAUGACAAGAAACGAGUCGCCGAGUACCUGAGGCACGCAAAGGUCGUUGAAGGCCCGAGGGAGGAGGAUUACCGCCAGAGAGUUCGCCAGUGUCAGGAGUCCAUCAGGGCCGGUGAUUCUUACGAGCUCUGCUUAACGGGACAGACUACAAUCUCCAUGCCUCGCGUGGAUCCGGACAAUAUGCCAUGGACUCUGUACAAGAAUCUCCGCAAGCGCAAUCCUGCACCAUUUGCCGCGUACAUUCGCCUCGGCUCAGCGACAGUGCUCAGCAGCAGUCCCGAGCGAUUCUUGUGCUGGGAUCGUACCGGCACAUGCCAACUGCGGCCGAUCAAGGGUACAGUCAAGAAAACCAAGGACAUGACGAAAAUCUUGGCCACGGACAUUCUCAACACGCCAAAGGAACGAGCGGAGAACUUGAUGAUUCUGGAUCUUAUUCGACACGAUUUACACGGAGUUGUGGGGUCAGGCAAUGUCCACGUCCAGAAGUUAAUGGGUAUCGAAGAAUACAAGACGGUGUUCCAGCUUGUGUCGGUCAUUGAGGGCCGGUUACCUCAAGGCGACGAGCCAGCUGCGGAGAAGAAAGACGGCGAAGAAAACAAAAGAGAUGCGUCCCUUCCUACUGGCCUCGACGUGCUCGCAGCGUCUCUGCCGCCGGGGUCCAUGACUGGUGCGCCGAAGCGCCGCUCAUGCCAGAUUCUCAAGGAACUCGAAAACAAUGCCCCGCGAGGAAUCUACUCUGGCGUGAUAGGAUACUUGGAUGUAGGUGGAGCCGGUGAUUUUUCUGUCGUCAUUCGCACUGCAUACAAGUGGGACGACGAGAGCUACGAGCUUGAGACGCCCAUUGAGCUCGAGACUCCUGCUCCCACUCCUGCUCCACUCUCGCGGUCCCUCUCCUCCUCCACCAGCCGAGCAGGCGGCAGCGGCACCGCCAAUGGCAACGUAUGGCACAUUGGUGCCGGGGGCGCUAUUACGGGACUCAGCGACGACAAGGCCGAGUGGGAAGAAAUGCGCACAAAGCUCGACAGCGCCCUGAGCUCGUUU